AAACGCACACGAAUUCGAUCGCGUUGCAUAUUUGCAUGAACAAGUCACAAGUGUAGUAGAAGUGCAGGGCGCAAGCUGUGCAACACACAUGGCGGCGAUGACGGUGAGGCCACGGCCGGCCGCCGCCGCGAUCAUCAUCGCCGCCGUCUUCGGCGCCGCCGCGGCGGCGGCGGGCGGCGGCAUGGUGGGCGUGGACGGGACGCAGUUCGUGGUGGAGGGCGGCAGGACGAUCUACUUCAGCGGGUUCAACGCGUACUGGCUGAUGAUGAUGGCGUCCGACCCGGCGCGCCGCGCCGCCGUCGUCGCCGCGUUCGCCCAGGCGUCAUCGCGCGGCCUCAACCUCGCCCGGACCUGGGCCUUCAGCGACGGCGGCGACCAGCCGCUGCAGUCGUCGCCGGGCGUCUACGACGAGGCCAUGUUCCAGGGGCUGGACUUUGUGAUCGCCGAGGCGAGACGACAUGGCAUAUACCUUCUCCUCUGCCUCACCAACAACUUCGACGAUUUCGGCGGCAAGCGUCAGUACGUCCGGUGGGCGGCCGACGCCGGCCACAACCUCACCGCCGGCGACGACUUCUUCACCAGCUCCGUCGUCAAAUCCUACUACAAGAACCACGUCAAGGCGGUGCUGACGAGGGUGAACACGGUGACGGGGGUGGCGUACAAGGAUGAUCCGACGAUCUUCGCGUGGGAGCUCAUGAACGAGCCGCGGUGCGACGCCGACCCGACGGGCGGCAUGGUGCAGGCGUGGGUGGAGGAGAUGGCGCCGUACGUGAAGCGCGUCGACGGCGGCCGCCACCUGGUGACGGCCGGGCUGGAGGGGUUCUACGGCGACGGCGAGCACGAGAGCAAGGAGCUCAACCCGUGGGGCAUCUACUACGGCACCAACUACGUGGCCACGCACCGCGCCGCCGGCGUCGACUUCGCCACCAUCCACCUCUACCCGGACGUCUGGCUAUGGGGCUCCACCGCCGACGAGCAGGCCGCCUUCUUCCGCAACUGGACGCGCUCCCACGUCCACGACACGGCGGCGUUCCUCGGCAAGCCGCUGCUCGUCACCGAGUACGGCAAGUUCCUCUGGAAGGGCGGCGGCGCCAACAAGACGCAGAGGAACUACUUCCUCGACGUGGUGCUCGACGCCAUCUACGCCUCGGCGUCGCGCGGCGGCCCGCUCGUCGGCGGCGCGUUCUGGCAGCUGCUCCUCGACGACGACGUCGUCGCCGGCAUGGACGACCUCAGGGACGGGUACGAGAUCAUACUCGCCGAGGACAGCCGCGCCGCGAGCAUCAUCGGCGAGCACUCCGAGCAGCUGGCCAGCCUCAACGGCCAGGACGCGGAGGCGCUUCGCCGCCGCCGCCGGCGGCCGGCGAGCUCGCACCGGAAGACGCGUCUUGGCAGCGGCGGCGACAGCGACGCACUCCGACUCCCCCGAACGCUCUUGAUUCGCUUCAUCUCUUUGUCUAGAUCGAUCUCUUCAUUUAUUCAAGACAAUUUUGUUCUUUUCUAGUUUGUAUAUAGCUUGCAUCCUUCUCCUUAGGUAUAGUUGUUCGUUGGCACAUCUUGCAACUGUAACCUGUCGAAAUCAUCAGGAACGCUUCAGGAUGGCUGUUCUGACGAUGUAUGUUUUGUACCAUAGUUUCCUGUAUAAGGUGUUUUGCAACGGUUACUACGAUGGAGUACCAUAUUUGUUUAUACUACCA